AUGGAGUUCAACAGGCCCAAAGAUGGAGGACGAGUGGUCCUGAGCCCGCUGGAGGAGAUCCAGCCUGGGAGGAGUGAAUGGGUGCUUGCAGAGCAUGGAGGGUUAGGAGGGCUGUCUGCCGCCGACACCAGUAACGCAGCCAAGACAGAGCCCAAAGCCCCUGCAGGAGGAUCUGGAAAGGUUGACCUGUACUCAUUUGACAGCUCCCAGACUUCAGACAGCGAGGAUGAGGACAAAGGCAAGAAGGAAAAGAUAAAGAAGAAGCUAAAGAAGAGGAAAAAGAAGGAUUCCAGUUCAUCCUCUUCCUCCUCCUCCUCCUCUGACAGCAGCUCUUCAGACAGUGAAGAUGAGAAGAAGAAGAGGAAGAAGGCAAAGAAAGAAGGCGCUGGGGAUAUUAUAGUACACGGUGUAGCCUUCAUAUCUGAGCCUGGGCUUGAAGGCUGCACUGAUCUAAACCACGAGGAAACACAGUAAAAGAAGACAGAGGAUAAUUCAGGCUCAGACAUUGAAGAGGACAAGAAGAUGAAGAAGAAGAUGAAGAAAGAUUCCAGCUCCUCUUCUUCAUCUUCCAGCUCAUCAU